AUGACAAAGGAAGUCACCCAAAAUAGUUAUACAAAUGAGGAAAAUAGUUUUCGCGUGGAAUUAUUAAAUUGCGCAAAAUUGUUAAAUCUAUUCGAUCACGGAUAUGACGACACGGAAUUCAUCACUCCAUUAGGAGAUUAUAAAUCUAAACAAACUUCGUUAUAUAUUGAGGAGCCUCUAAUCGCCAAUAAGAGGAAUCAAGUUGUCAAACAAGAUGUACCGUCUAAUGUAUCUGAAAUUCUUCAGUUGAUGGUUGAUGAUGAGGAAAAUGAAAUAAAUUUAAAGAUUAAAAAAGAUCAGCCAUUACCUGAGGAAAGUGGUAUCAGGGCUCCGUUAGAGAUGCUAAAUGAAUGGGGGGCGAGUGGAUUACUGUUUGAUCUGGAAGAAAUGGUUUCUGCUAAUUACAAAGAAUUUGAAGAUUCUAUCGAUAAUUUGACGCGGUUUGAGGAAGUAUUGCGAUUAG